GCGCUCGGUCGACGACUUGCCACCAUGACCGGCAUGGUACUACGCUUCUCCAUGUUGCUGCUGCUGUUGGCGCUCGCCGUUUCGACGACGACGGCCGCCGAGUCGUGGAGCAUGAAGAAGGUGCGAUCGAUCCAAGCGCGCGUGCAAGCGACCGCCCCCGUGUACGACACCAACAAACAGGCGUGGGUCGCGCUCUUCCAGAAGGGCACCGACACGUUCACGCAGCGGUACCGCGCGGCCAUGGACACGAUCAACACGGCGAGCGUCGAAGGCGCGCUCAUGUACGUGCAGGCCGAAGGCAUCGACAAGCGCGUCAACCCCAACUGCAUGCGCAAGGUCAACAUGAGCUACGUGUGGUUUUACGACAUUACGAUCGUGCAGCCGACAGCCGCGAUUGCCGAGUUUGGCGAGUCGGCGCCGAUGGCCGAGUACUGUCCAUUCGUUGCGCUCGACCUCGGUAUGUGCACGCCGAUUGGCGUCGAGAUUCCCGCCGAGUGCAAGGAGAUCGACGGCCUCGACGGCUUUCCCAAGCUCGGGCCUUGUGUGGGCGGCGAGCCGCGCAAGGACGACCCGCGCGCGCCGUACGACAACAACAUUUGGUUCUCGUACCCCAACUCGUGCUACUCCAAGCCGUUCGAGAAGAAGGACGACGCGUGCCGGGCCAAGCAAACCGGCGGUCUCUGCGAGUUUGGCAAGGAGCCGGACGGCGUCUCGUGCAGCUUUAGCUUCAAGGUCCUCGGCUACAUUGCGAUCGACGAUGUUGUUGGCAUCACGCAGCUCGCCAACGAGAAAACCGGCAAGCCGUACUCGGGGUUCCGUGAAUUUUGCCUCGCAGGCAACGUCGAGUACGACUCAGUGACCAAGGAGAGCCUCCCGUUCUGGAAGGACCCGCUGAGCCGCCAAGCCAACGAAGCGCGGUCGCAGGCCAUGAUGGACAUGUACAACCUCAUGGUCAACUCGUCGUCGGCCUCGUACAUGAAGCCGCUGCCCGAGGUCGCGUCGCUCGCCAAGGAAAACCCGCCGUGCUACGAGACGACCAAGCGCUGCGCCGACGCGCCGAACGGGUGCCGCCGCAAGCUCCUCGCCCAAGUCUGCGAGGUCUGCACGUCGCCAUCCGCCGACUGCGUCAAGCGCCCGGCGUCGGCCGCGCCGUUCCCGACCCUUGCCAAGGUCGAGCGCAAGGUCGAUGACGCCAAGCUCAUCACCAACACCACGGGGCAGUUUGGUAAAAACUCGACGGGCAAGGCCCUGUCGCUCGACACCAAGGACCUCAGCGCGGCGACAGCGAGUGCUGCGAUGCAGACCGCGUCGACCACAAUCGCGUCGUUCUUGCUCGCAUCGAUGGUCCUUCUCGCGCUCUAAGCUAAGCUUUAGCGCAACUAAUCCAAUUCAUUCUGACAAAGAAGAGACAUAGUCGGCGACUGCACAUCAAGACCAACGUCCAUAUAAAAUACUACUCUAGUUUAUAGUACGACGUUAUGAAAGGAC